AUGGGUCGUCAGGCUUACUUGAACCGGCUGGCUUUGGGCCGGUCACCUUAUGAACCACCAGAGACUGCUGCUGUGGACCCAUCAAGUCCGGUCCGAAGAGUCUCUAACAUUCACUCUGACAGCUACAUGCAACAAUAUGAUGCGCGAGGCCACCCGGUCAACCCUGAAUCCAAGACGCUUGGACGAGAACUUCGACGCGCAAAAAAUGACAUUCUUUCUACCAUGGGGAUUGUUGUCAGUGGAGAAGAUCGAAAUUCCAGCAGUCCCAAUGAGCAGCAGAAACUCAACCAGAUUGCAACAGAAAAUGAUUUCGGGUUGGUGAUCACCACCGCUGACCAGCUGGCUUCAUUCUUUACGACCUGGUUCUCCUCGUCCCUGGCUGGCCGCAUUCAGACAUUCAAACAUUACACCCAUGCUGCUCUGUUAGAUGUCAUACGAUCUGAACGUGGAGCAACAGGAGUCUUCGGCUUUUACCUCGCUGGAAUCCCCGCUUGGGUGGUCACCAGCGGUCUGUCUAUUGCUCGUGAUAGCCCCCUGAAGCGUUUGUUUGCCACAGUGGGGGACCUUAUUGACUUGACGGGAAAUAACCAUUUGUCUCUCGGCAUUCGAUCUCUUUUCGUCAUUGCAUAUUCCACACUCCGGAGCUCAAUACUUCUCUUAUCUAUCGAGACCUACAUGUACUCGCUUCUCCAGUCACUCGCAAUCAUACCGUCAAAUUCCGUACCCAGCCUUAAUCUUAUGAUUCCAUUUAGAGAACAGUCUUUGAUUCGGUUGCCAUCUUUCCCCACCGACUUUUCUGUUCCCUCUAUUGGUGGCUUCCUUGUCGGUCUCUUGACCUCUCCUGGGGUAUUGACUUUCCUUUUUGCCUUUUAUCUGCGCCCCAAUCUGGAGGAACGAAUCUACCGACUGAUUCGUCGUCAACUCCCAAAGCCGAUGAUUGCAGAUGAACUUUCAAUUAGAGUCGCCUAUGAUGAGAACCUUGUUGACUGGGUAGUUCCCACCCUAGGCCGUAGGGCAGAAGAGGAAACCCGCCGUGCCAAGCUCUCAUUACUGGAUGAUAUUAAAUGCGAACUGGCCUCUUUUCGAGGAUGGGUCUUCUCGUUCUUCAACCUCUUCUCAAAACAAAACCUAGCCUCAAACACAAAGCUCAAUCCAAAUCCUCGUGCUAUUGACACGUUGAAUCAAGAACGAAUCGAAAAUCUUCGGAACUCCAUCGAAUCUUUACAACAUCAACUAGAGGAAGUUCAGCUUCGCAACAACCACUUUUCUGGUGUCCUGGCUCAUUCCCACUUUGGGACGGCUGAUUCGGGUUCACCUGCUGCUGCACAAAUGUCUGAAAUCACCGAAGAAGACCUAGACCUUGGCAUAAACCAGGUACUUACCAACGAAAAUCGCAUGUCCCAAUCUCCUGGGGAGAUGAGCAAUGAUUUCUUUUCGGAAAUGGCGACGCUUGGCAGGACAAGCGCGCAAUCCACAGAGUCAAGUUCUCAGAGCCUACCGAAUAAUACCAACUCGGGGAGCGCCGCCAUGGAUCGACAUAAUUCUCGUUCUAAUACUCUUUUCUCUCAUCCAUCUUCGCCGGAGAGCUCUCCGCCGACUUCGCCCCGUGUCAGGGCUUCGCUUAUACACCAGAGCUCUGACAUUAUUACAAUGCAACUUGAGUUACUCGGUAAUCGCACCCGUAACCCUCCAACCGAUGCCUCUGUUCGAAACUCGCAGAUUCCAAGAUUUGGUCAUGGCAACCAAGGAUUACGCCCUUCCUCAACAACUAUGGAUCGCCGAUCAAUAGCUGAGUUCCUCGAGUCAUUGAUAAUGAACCAGGCUCAACAUCAAGCGAUCCAUCAAACUCGACGUACAGAUAUCGAUGAUAUUUCAAACAUAUCGCCGACUGCAAGUAGUACAACACAGGAUAUGCCUGUUUCUGAAACCAGUGCUCGGAACUCUGGGCAAGAUGUUCCCGGCUCUGCUUCUGUCCCUCCGAACCCUGUAUUAGAUAACAUUUUGACCGAUGAGAGCCGUGUUUCUACCGCUAUUGAAACGACGGCAGCUUCCACUGCUCAUACCCUUCUCCCAGAUGGCGUUGAAGAGCCAAGUGAUGAAGAGUCUGACAAUCAAAUACCUGUAGCUGUUGGCGCACUCCAAAUUUCAGACACUCAAACUGAUCUUACUGAUCAACCAAUCUCAUCUUCGCGCCUGCAGGGCCUGUCUCUUGUCAAUAAUCCAUCCGGCGCUCACCGAAUCACUUUACUAUCCGCCCAUCCGGUCGAUUCACUUGCAUCUCAUUUGGCAGCCUUUAUUAGUGCCAUUAUUCUUUCCCCCUCGAAACUCUCUGCCUUCGCUCAUUAG